AACUAUGUGCCAUCCAGGCAAGACAUCCUGUUUGCCAGGAAAGCCACAAAGGGAAUUAUUGAGCAUCAGAUCAUUAUUAAAGGUGUUCCUUUUAUGUUCAUCGAUGUGGGAGGCCAAAGGUCACAACGACAGAAGUGGUUCCAGUGCUUCGAAGGGAUCACUUCAAUUUUGUUUUUGGCUUCAGUCAGUGAAUUUGACCAGGUACUAAUGGAGGACAGGAAAACCAACCGUCUGGUGGAAUCCUGCAACAUUUUCGAAACCAUCAUCAACAACCGCAGCUUCACAUCGGUUUCCAUCAUCCUCUUUCUCAACAAGAUGGACCUGCUGGCCGACAAGAUCAAGCACGUCAAAAUUGUCGACUACUUCCCAGAGUUCCAAGGUGACCCGCACAACCUGGAGGACGUCAAGAAGUUUCUGCGCAACAUGUUUGACUCCCGCCGAAGGGAGCGCAGCAAGCCCCUGUUCCACCAUUUCACCACUGCCGUAGAUACAGAAAACAUCAAACACGUCUUCCAGGAUGUCAAAGACACAAUACUACAUGACAACCUCAGAUCUCUCAUGCUGCAGUGA